CAGAAGGGAGAAAAGGGCAGUGAUCUGCUUAAUAUUAGGCAUUCCGACAUCCCUGUUUUUGAUGAUUUCUGUCUCUCUUUCGCGGGUCCUCAAAGGCCACACGCUUCUCUCUCUCUCUCUUUCUCUCUCUCUCUCUCCAUCUCUCUCUCCCUUGGCAAUUCAUAGGUUCGUCCAUCCCUUCAACCCGAUCAAUCGUUUGGACGUCGCCACCAACAUCCGAAAGAUUCGAACUUUGACGAAGAAACUCAUGGGCGCCUUAUCUCGCAUCUGUUUCUGACGUUCCGAGUUUCAGGAUUUGAAGAAGAGGAAGGCAUAAAUGGCUGGUUUUGUUGGCGUUCUGGUAUCUGAUCCAUGGCUGCAGAGCCAAUUCACGCAAGUCGAGCUUCGAACCCUCAAAUCCAGAUAUAUUUCAAUAAAAAAUGAAUCUGGCCGGGUCACUGUCAGAGAUUUGCCACCCGUGUUUGCAAAACUGAAAGCUUUCACUGAAAUGUUCAACGAGGAUGAGGUCAGGGUUAUUCUUGGGGAAUCAUGUACUAACAUGGAGGAAGAGAUUGAUUUCGAGUCUUUCCUUCGGGCCUUUUUGAAUUUGCAAGCUCGAGCAACAGCUAAAUCUGGCAGUUCGAAACAUUCAUCUUCUUUUCUUAAGGCAGCCACAACCACUUUCCAGCACACCAUAAAUGUAUCAGAAAAGUCUUCUUAUGUGGCCCAUAUCAAUGGCUAUCCGGGAGAAGACCCGUUCUUAAAGAAGUAUCUUCCUCUCGAUCCCGGGACAAACGCUUUGUUUGAUCUAGCAAAAGAUGGAGUUCUUCUCUGUAAGCUCAUCAAUGUAGCUGUCCCUGGUACCAUAGACGAGAGAGCUAUUAACACCAAAAGUGUCCUCAAUCCAUGGGAGAGGAAUGAGAACCAUACUCUUUGCCUCAAUUCUGCAAAGGCCAUUGGCUGCACAGUUGUAAAUAUUGGUACACAGGAUCUCGUUGAAGCAAGACCCCAUCUGGUUCUUGGUUUGAUUUCUCAAAUUAUAAAGAUCCAAUUGUUGGCUGAUCUCAAUCUGAAGAAAACUCCUCAACUUGUGGAAUUGGUGGAUGACAGCCAGGAUGUAGAGGAGCUAUUGGGUUUACCACCUGAGAAAGUUUUAUUGAAAUGGAUGAAUUUUCAUCUAAAGAAAGCUGGGUAUAAUAAGCAGGUUACAAACUUUUCCUCAGAUCUGAAGGACGGUGAGGCUUAUGCUUACCUGCUCAAUACUCUUGCUCCAGAACAUGCUAGCCCUACCACCUUGGAUACAAAGGAUCCCAAGGAAAGAGCAAAUAUGGUACUUGAGCAAGCAGAGAAAUUGGAUUGCAAAAGAUAUCUCACACCCACUGAUAUUGUGGAGGGUUCACCAAAUCUUAAUCUUGCAUUUGUGGCUCAAAUUUUCCAACAUAGGAAUGGCUUGUCAACUGAUACAAAGAACAUUUCCUUUGCUGAGAUGAUGACUGAUGACACGCAAACUUCUCGUGAAGAGAGAUGCUUCCGCUUGUGGAUUAAUAGUCUUGGUACUGCCACAUAUGUCAAUAACGUUUUUGAGGAUCUUAGGAAUGGAUGGGUUCUCUUAGAGGUACUCGACAAGAUUUCGCCAGGAUCAGUUAAUUGGAAGCAUGCCACCAAGCCUCCCAUAAAGAUGCCCUUUAGAAAAGUUGAGAACUGCAACCAAGUUAUCAAGAUUGGAAAGCAGUUGAAUUUCUCCCUAGUGAAUGUAGCUGGAAAUGAUAUUGUGCAAGGAAAUAAGAAGCUCAUACUAGCAUUCUUAUGGCAAUUGAUGAGGUUUACUAUGCUCCAGCUUCUGAAGAACCUUAGAUUUCAUGCGCAAGGUAAGGAAAUAACCGACGCUGACAUAUUGAAUUGGGCAAACAGAAAAGUUAAGAAGGCAGGUAGAUCAUCCCAAAUGGAGAGCUUUAAGGACAAGAACCUUUCGACUGGGAUUUUCUUUCUUGAGCUUCUCAGUUGUGUGGAGCCAAGGGUGGUCAACUGGAGUCUUGUCACCACAGGGGAAACUGAUGAGGAUAAGAAGUUAAAUGCCACAUAUAUAAUCAGUGUUGCUAGAAAGCUCGGGUGUUCCAUCUUCUUGUUACCUGAGGACAUUAUAGAGGUAAACCAGAAGAUGAUCCUCACUUUAACAGCGAGCAUCAUGUAUUGGAGCCUGCAGCAACAGGCAGCCGAAUCAGAGACCGGUGAAUCCACUGAUCUAGAUGCAUCACCAGAGAGUUCUGCAAACGGCGAGAAUGACAAAGUUCUGGCCAGUGAGAUCUCCGAUUUAUCCAUCAAUGAUGCUGCUUCUGAUGCCACAUCUUCCCCACAACUUGGAAAGGACGAAUUUUCUCAAGAGGCUGAAAAUACAGAACCAUCAUGGAGUAUCGAAAAUGGGGUUACUAUGAAGGGAUCCCCUUCAACUGGAAAUGAAAAGGCUUCUCCUCGUGUGGAAGGGGAAGGACGUGAGACAGAAUGAUGAUAGCUGUGACUAUUAUUUUCCUCUUCUUCUUGGGUUUUUUUUUUUUCUUUAAAGAGAAAAUCAAUUUACAGAUGAGUUUUAAUUUCACACAAUAGGAAAUGCUCAAUUCAUUCAUACUUGUAAAAUGCAGAAGGUAAAGGGGUCCUGUUUGUAUCCUGCCCAUGCGACGAUCUUCUUUACAUGACUCUUCUGAUCGUGCUGAAGCCAUAUUUGAUGCUUCAGGAUCAGUUAGAUAUUGAAUGUAAUUCGUUCCUGCUUUGUC